UUGUGUUCACUGUUCAGGUUAGUUAGGUAGGUGAAGGUUGAUUGGUAUUGUGAAUUUGGUUAUUCAAGGCUAAAAGGAAAUAUAAUUAAAAUUGUUUGUUUAUGAAUUGAAAAAGUCCAACAAGACAAUGGCUCAAAACAGGAGAAGGCAACCUGGACUCGAAUUAGGAGUAAUCCUACUAAUGUCAGAAAUGUUUAAUAUUGGAUUUGGAACUAUACCUAGGGUUACAUUAUUUAGCAUUCUUGGACAAGUCCUUCUCUAUCUUGGAGUCAUAAACGUACCUUGGAGCAAGUACGAUGUCUGUAUUAGUGCUGAUGCAAUUCUCAAUCACAAAGACUACAAAAGGUUCAUAUUCUCCACAUUUGAACACGCAGAUGAUAUGCAUUUGUAUUACAACAUGGUGUCUUUCUUAAUAAAAGGCCGCACACUGGAAAACCGCUAUGGGAGCUCAAACUUUGCUCUGCUAUUGGCAUUUUUGAUAUUGCUCACUAAUUCUUUUUAUAUUGCCCUUGCUAAAUUUGGGAGUGAAUUUUUGGAGGACUAUUCAAUGAUGAAAUCCUGCGCAAUUGGCUUCUCAGGCGUUCUGUUUGCCCUGAAGGUAAUCACUACAGCUGAGACGGGCCCGGGUACAGCCUACAUAAUGGGUAUCCCAGUUCCGAGCAAAUACGCGGCUUGGGCCGAACUUGUAGCCAUCCAUCUACUCGUACCCAAUGCAUCGUUCCUGGGCCAUCUAGCUGGCAUAUUGGCUGGUUGUGCGUACAUUAGCACUCCAAUAGGCAGAGUGGUGGACUCGAUCAUUGCUAACAUCACAGGUUGGCCAAUGUUCCAUGGAACGGGAAGCAGUUAUCAACAUCAUCAAUCUUACCAAUCCAGCAGUUCUCACGAACGCUCAAGUAGUGGAUUUGACUCUGCUGGAUUCCAACCAGGGUCAAACGGAAGAGGAUUCGGCACAAACAACUUUGGAUUUGGGAAUGGGAUUUUUGGAACUGGCUUUGGGAAUGGUGGAUUCGGUUCAGGAUUUGGAAAUGGUGGAUUCGGAUCAGGCUUUGGAAAUGGUGGAUUCGGAUCAGGCUUUGGUAAUGGUGGAUUUGGAUCAGGAUUUGGAAAUGGCGGUUUUGGACCCAACCUGUUUCGGAGGCACACUCCAAGAGAGCAAGAAUAUGGUUGGAGAUAUCAAUAGAUGUCUGUUAAUUUUUCAUGAUUGGUUACCUGAUCUGUAAAUAUUUUAAUUUAUUUGUACAUAUGUUAUUAUCUAAGACAAAAUUAUUUUAUAAAUAAAUGUUUAAUUUUUUAACAAG